AUGCUCUAUCCCCGCUUGAAUAAUAUAAUAAUAAUUAAAAAUAAAAUCCCCUUCGUGUCAAUCCGCCCACCAAAACCUCAAAUUCUGGCUCCAAAUGCUUUUCCAGAGUCCAAGGCAACCUAUCAAUCAAGACGACACCUUGCUUAUUGCAGCUCUGAUUUACCAUCAGCCAUGAAUUCUCUGAUUCGGAAGCUCUGGGUAUCCGUCACCCACCGAUCAUGUUCCCCCUCGGGCUCGGGCCGCGUAUCCAGCCCGAAUUUGUUUUCGGAGCCCGCCUCGUCGACCGGGGAGUUCGACCGGAUUCCGUUCGACAUAUUAAUGCAGAUUGUCAAAAUCCUCGGCCCGAAAGAGUCGGCGAAGCUGAGAGCGGUGUGUAGAUCGUGGAAGUUUCUGUUGUCGGAUAAUCGGCUCUGGAUUUAUUUUCUGCAGAAUCAGCCGGAGCCUUGGGACUCUGUAUUCUUCGCUGAAACUCACUUACGAUCCGGUUAUCCUCUGCAAGCUUUUCCUGCUCAAAUGCAUGACCUGUCCUUUAUGCAAAUAUUCGGUCAGCGCGAGGAAGUUCCUGGAGCUCUUAUAAUUGAUGGUGGAUCUGGUUAUUGUAAAUAUGGAUGGAGCAAGUAUUCCUCUCCAUCAGGACGAUCAGCCACAUUUCUGGAAUUUGGAAAUAUUGAGUCCCCAAUGUCUUCUAAACUUAGAAAUUUCUAUGCAACAAUCUGUUCCAGUUCUCGAAGACAACUAAAAGAUGCGAUCUACUCAACAUUAUUCGAGAUGAAUGUUCCUGCUGUAUGUGCCAUCAAUCAGGCUACUUUGGCUUUGUUUGCAGCAAGACGUACAUCAGGAAUUGUAGUGAAUGUUGGUUUCAAUCAGACCUCUGUUGUUCCAAUUUUACAUGGAAAAGUGAUGCAUAAGGUGGGUGUAGAAGUUGUGGGAAUGGGAGCACUGAAACUGACGGGAUUUCUUCGGGACCGGUUGCAACAGAACAAUAUACAAUUUGAUUCCCUUUAUACUGUCCGCACAUUGAAAGAGAACCUAUGCUAUGUCGCCCUUGACUACGAAGCUGAACUAUCGAAAGAUACAGAAGCUUCUUAUGCAGUCUCCUCGGACACUCAGUUUACGCUUUCAAAAGAACGGUUUCAAACUGGAGAGAUAUUGUUCCAGCCUCGCAUGGCAGGAAUGCAGGCGAUGGGGCUUCAUCAGGCAGUGGGACUUUGCAUGGAUCACUGCCAUGAUGCUGAACUAAGCGGUGACAAUAACUGGUAUAAAACUGUAGUUUUGGCCGGUGGCACCGCAUGCUUGCCAGGAUUAGCAGGAAGACUUGAAAAAGAACUGUAUGGACUUCUACCAGCCUCAAUGUCCGGCGGAAUUCGAGUUAUUCCUCCACCUUAUGGAACAGAUUCUGCAUGGUUUGGGGCAAAGCUUGUCAGCAAUCUGAGCACUUUCCCCUCAUGGUGCAUGACCAAAAAGCAGUUUCGGCUCUUGUCCAAGCGCAAGCUCACGUGGUGAAUCUUCCCUUCAAGUUGCUACAGAAACUGCACAAAGCCAAUGAAAUGAAUAUAUAUUUGCCCCAUAAUUAUACGGUCGGUUGGUUCUGUUCUUUUCUUUUAUCUUCUUUUCCCUUUUUCAAAGUAAUUUGAGUUAAUCUUCGUUUGCAAGAUUUAAGCUCAGUUGUCCGCUGUUGUCUAAUAAAGGCUCUCAUCAUGUAUAUCAACUCUGUAAACUGGUCAUAUACGGACGCCAUAUACAGAAAUACAAGGCAUUUGUUGAUAUUUGCCAGUGUUCGCCAUUUCCAGCACUGAAGGAUAAAUAAAUCAUAUACAGAUCAUCUGUUUUUCUGUGUUUCUAACCAGAUCAACCCUUACUCACCUUUAAUUCAAAGAAGGGGUGGUUGUUUUCUA